UGCAGUCACUGUUAAAGAAAUUACAUGGUUUGUACAAUGUUAUUAUGUUUCUCCACAAAGUAUAUUUUUAUGUUAAUAGUGGUGUAUUCAGACCAAUUUUGAGACUGGUGUUCUUAAAGAUGUUUGAGAACACCAAACAUUCAUUAUUAUUUUUUUUUGAAAGGGGGUAUUUUCUAAUUUCAUCUUUUUAUUUGCUUUUGAUAUUAUUUAGUUAUUACUCUAAAGUCAUAUCAAAGCAUUAAAGAACUAACUUUAAGAGUUUGUAGAAUAGAAGAUGAUUUGUGCAAGAUCAAAUUGUCGCUAGUAGGAAAUAUAGCGGAGGACAAUCAAGACCAAAUGUUUGUAAUGGAGCAAUACAAGACUAGUGAUACUUUCCAUAAUUUUUGUAAAAUGCUAGAAGAGGAUUCUGUGUUUCGAAAGUUAGUGAUAAAGUUCAUGAUUAUUAACUAUGGUCAAAAAUCAAUUGGGACUUGUGUUAGAUCAAUAUUAAGAGCAUCUUUAUCAGAUAAUCUAAUGACUUUGUUUAAUCGUACAGGCUCCAGGGGCCAAGAAAAACUGCCUCUUGUAUUUGAACGGUGUAUUUACUCUACUAUCAAGUCUUUUUACGAGAAAGAAAAAAUUACAGUUAUGCGUGGGAAGGAAGAAUUAGAAACCACAAUAAAAAAAGAAACAGAAAAGCAAAUUGAACUAUAUUUUUCUAAUGCUAAAUGCAGAAUUAAAGCAAAACUUAAAGAUAAGCCUGUAUUUGAUAAAUCAGAUUCUGAUGACCAUAUAUUGUAGUAAUAUAAGUUUAUCUUAUUUA